AUGCGAUUGGCUGUUUGCCUGGCCCGUUGCCCGUCUAGUGCAUUGGAUGUGUUUGCCCAUGAUCCGCUGCCAGUUAGCGAGCUCGAGGCCGCCGAGGAGGGCGCUGAAGAGAUUCAAAACCGUAUUGCCAAUCUCAACGUGCGGCUGGUUCAGCUCAUGGCCUCGGCCCUCCGCGUGCGCGGUCAAGUUGACGCAGCGUCGCAGCGUCGCAAUCGGGCACCAUCGCGUCUCGACAUUGCAGCCUUGAUGCAGAUGGUGCAAGCAACACCGGCAGCCCUGCUGGAGCAACAAUAUGAGGACUUUGGUCUCUGGCACUUGGUGUCAGAGCACACUCAGCGCGCCUUUGAUGCCGCAGACAAGCAACUCGUGGCCCCGAUGACCAACCAGCCAGAGGCUGCCGCUGGGGACAUGGAUACUACGACUGAAGAGGACAAUUUAACCACCGAUGGUGAAGGCAUUGAUGAACUCCUCCUCAUGCACUGCGCAGAUGACCUGGACAAGCUACGCCAGAGCAAGAAAAAAAGUUCAAUCACGUGUGGUGAAAAGACUACAAGAAAGAGAGAGAGAGAAAGAGAGAGAAACACAACUACCACAUUGACUGGAUCAGGCAGGGAUCCAGCCAGGGUCAUGGCCGUCAUGGAGCGGUGGUACCCUGCCGUUGCGGCGGCUGUGGCUGUGCUGGUGUAUUUGAAUAGCCUGCACGGUGCCUUUGUCUUUGACGACAUGCCAGCCAUCAAGGAGAACGCCGAUGUCGACCCCGCCCAAACGAGCUGGAGUCAUGUCUUCAGCUCCAACUUCUGGGGCCAACCCAUGGGCUCCCAGUGGUCGUCACAUCUCUCCUACCGCCCUUUCACCACCCUGACUUUCCGUGCAAACUUCAUCCUCCAUGGUUAUGAACCCUUCGGCUACCAUGUCAUCAACAUGCUGUUACACGCCUUGGCCACGAGUUUGGUGGCUCUCGUGGGUGCCCGCUGCUUCCAAUCGGUCGGUGCCUACCAGCACCAUGCCGCUGCCUUGGCUGCGCUCCUCUUCGCCGUUCACCCCGUUCAUGCCGAAGCCGUCGCCAACAUUGUCUGCCGCGCUGAGUUGCUCUCUGGCAUUUUCUACUGCUGGGCUUUUCUGACCUACGACCAUGCCUGCCGUCAAUCCAAAAUUGGCAACGGCAUCGUUUACAUCUGCGGUGCUGCCGUUUUUGCCACCAUCUCCAUGCUGUGCAAAGAGCAGGGCAUCAUGGUCCUGCCUUGCUGCAUUGUUUACGACCUCCUGGUCGUCGAUCGCAACGGCCUUGACCUCUCGCAUGUCCUUGAUUCUUUUCUGCCCUCCCCUCUUCCCGAGCCGCAUGCCUCGACCGCGGCUCCUACCCACAAGGCUGCCGAUGCCAAAGUUCCACCGAACCCAGCUGCAGACACGCUCCGGCGACGCGUUCAGCGCAAGGCCGAUCGACCUUCAGCCAACACCUCCGCCAAGGCUCGAUCCGCCAAAGCCACCGCCCGUGCUUCCCACAAUCUUUCCCUGCCCACGACUGCCUGCCUCGUCCGCUGUGUGGUGGUGUUGGUGCUCACCGUCCUCCUCUACCAAUGGCGUGUCAGCCUCAAUAAGGGCGACGACGUCAAGAACGAUGAGAAAACCAACCCUGCAAACCACAUUGAUGAUACGCUUUUGCGAUGGCUGACCAAAAACUAUUAUGUGUUUCUGCACUUUUGGCUGUUGUUGGUUCCCUGGGAUCUCUGCUGCGACUGGUCCAGCUUUGGCAUCGACAACAUCGCAGCCCUUAGUGAUCAUCGCAAUCUCAGCACUGCCGCCAUGUAUCUUGUCCUGGUGACGGCCGGCUUUGCGCUCUUGCUCAGCAAAGUUGCCAGCCGCGGAGUUCGUCACGCCAUUCUCCUGGGCCUGGCCAUGAUGGCCAUCAACUUUGUGCCCGCGAGCGGCCUCUUGGUUGAGACUGGGUUUGUCAUUGCCGAGCGCAUCCUCUAUCUGCCUAGUAUCGGAUAUUGCUUGGCCGCUGCUGGCAUUUUCUUUGCUCUUUUUGCCGAGGCUGGCACCCAUGGCCGCCGUGUGCUGGUGGCUUUGGCCUUGAUUCUACUCGUCCUGUUUGGAGUCCGCACCUGCCUCCGCAAUGUCGAUUGGGAGAGCGAAGAGUCGCUCUACAAGACUGGCCUCGCCGUGUUGCCCAACAACGCCAAACUGCACCACAACUACGCGCGUAGCUUGCAGGGUCGUGACGCAGAUCGGGAAUACCACUAUCGCGUCGCCAUUCGCCAGUAUAAGUACUAUGGUUCUGCCUACAUCAAUCUAGGCGUUUUGCUUGCUAAUCAAGGCAAGCUAGAGGAGGCAGUGGAAAUCUGGAAGGCCGGAUUGGACGCUUGGAACCAGCGGCCCAUUUUGGGUCAGGACCCAACCAUUCUCAAUCUCAACAUUGGCACGGGUCUUAAGAACCUGGGUCGAUACGCCGAGGCCGUGCCUUUCCUGGAACGGUGCCUCAAGCUCGCCCCAGGCAAGCCCAAUUGUGCCAACGCGCUAAACUUUGUAAAACAGCAGCUUCGGUAG